GGACCACCACACUCAACGCAGGGGACGAACAUACGCCGAUGAGAUCAUUUUCGUGAUUGAAAAGAGUCGAUAACAGUCCGCGAAGAAUAUCAUCUGAAUGUCCUGCAUCAACAUCUCAAAUGAGCACCUCAAGCCUUCCACCUAUCAGCUCUUUGAAGCCUCUGGGAGCUCAUUUCUUUCGAAGCAAGAAACAGCAGUCCUCACCCCUCGUCAACCUGCCUACUGAAAUCCUGGUUCAGAUCUUUUCCUACACAAAUUUACGCGACACGAUUGCGUUAUCAACAAGCUGCAAAUAUCUCCUCAGCAUCCUCUCUUUCACUGCCUUUCCUGGCGACUUUCUACUCAGGAAACUCCCAGACCUGACACCCAUAAAGCUGAUCCUGUUUCUCUUGAGACUCGCAUGGCCAAGGGAAAUGAAUGGACGUGCGAAGAAAGGUCUGCGUUACUGCAAUGCCUGCCUUCGUAUCUAUCCAGAAAAGAGACAGUACUGGGAGGAGAAAUUGUCGAUGAACAUCAGCAGAGAUUUCUGGAAUAGCCUGAAAUCCCAGUGGGAAAUGAACCUUGAUUGCCCUAAAUGCUAUCUCAGUCACAAACGCACCUAUAUGUGUCUUUGUCAUGCGGCAUUCAUUAAGCGUUGGGAGCAGAUUUGUGCUGAGCAUAUCGGCUGGUUCGGCAACUAGGCAUAGGGGCAUCAAUAAUGGGCUAUGCUCCAUGACGACUAGAAUGGCAUGCUCUCUCUAGAGUUCAGUUUCGUC